CUUAAAUAUAGAAAAAUGAGAAAUCUUACAAAUACAAAUACAGCUGUAGCUGCUUGGUUGGCUCGAAUUCGAGCUCUUACUUUAGUCGUCUACUUCUUAAGCUACACUUUGUCCUAACAUGCAUGUACCUUAUGUCGAACAACCUCACCGGCCGCCUCCCGGCUUCCGGGUGAGAAAUGCUGAGCUGAGCGAUGUAGAAAGCAUUACCAAUAUCUGGUAUGCCUCGUUUUACCCAACUCACAAAUUCUUCGACUACGCAACACCCAAUGACGCGGCGACCCGCCAAUGGUUCAAUGAGCUCUGGAAAAUGGGGAUUGAGGCCGGACCAGGCGUAAUGAGGACAUUCGUCGUAGAAGCCUUGUCACAGGGGAACAAGAUCGUGGCGUUUUCGAGAUGGCAUGUCCCGCAGGCAGACGGAAACCAAGAUAUCCCCAUGCCGCCGAUCCCAGAACAUUGGGACGCGGAAAUUACAGAUGCAUUGUGGGGCGGUAUGGCUAGGAGCCGGGAGCGCGUAAUGGAGAAAAGGCCUCAUUGGAUGGGGGAAUUCAUAGCGGUUGACCAGGCCUACCAAAAUACGCGCUUGGCAUUCACCUUGUUCGAUUGGGGGUGUCGACAAGCUGACGAGGGGCGCCUGGAGAUGUAUGGUGAUGCUAGUAUGAAGGGGUUACCGGUCUGGAGGCACUAUGGGUGCGAGGAGCGGGGAAUUAUCCGUAUUCCAGCUCGUCUGGGUUGUUUCGAGACCUAUGAAGUGGUCGCCCUCGUGAGAGCACCGAAGACUAAAGGAGUUCGAGAUAAGGCGAAGCUAUAAGGACUGGAGGUGUUGUAGCCAGCGUAAGUAACUUUUGGUGGCCCUCAAUUGAUGGCUUUCAUGCGAAUAUGGAUGGAGAAUAAUAAUUUUCUCUCUGGCCAAAAGUGGUAUUGUCCAGUCAUCGAUAUCCAAGGUCGACGAGCUACAGUUGCAGUAACUUAAAACCGUCACAUUAG